CUGCGACAGUCCUCGUUUCCCUGUCCCGGCCUUUGUUUUCGACCUUUGCUACUCGUGCGAGAUCUUUCAUCUCUAUCUUGAAUACCGCCGUUUAGAUUCAAAUUCAUCGUCGAUCCAACGGAGGCCGCUUUGAUAAUGCCGAAAACCGCGGUCAAGCAGAAAACCCGCCAAAAGGCGAACCCGGCUUCACGGUCGCCUUUCGAGAACUCAAAACCUGUCCAUGACGAUAGCGACGUGGAAAUGGGCAGCGAGGCUAGCGACAUCGACGAGGAUGUGCGCGAGAAGGACGAGGCGGAGAGGAAGCUGGAGAGAAUGCUCUUCGGUGACGACGAGGGAUUCCACGGCGCACUGAAGGGCCAUCAAAAUCGCAGCUUGGCGGCGCUGUCGGCUAUGAGUGAUGACGAGGCGGCCAGCGAAGGGGAUGAGAGCGAGGAAGGGGAGGAUGGGGAGGAUGGGGAGGAGAAAGACCUGGAUGACAUGGCCGAUGCCGAUCUUUUCUUCCUCGAUUCCGGGGCAGAUGGCGUUCCUGCCGACGUCGCCGCGCCCACCGAAAUGUUGUCCGAUUCUGAGAGCGAGGAUGACGAGGAGGCCGAUCAAUUGCCAGCGGUGUGGCAUGACAGCGACGAUGAGCGCCUCACAGUUUCGCUUGCGAGCCAGCAAAGGCUGAGGAAACUGCGGGUUGCGGAGUCCGAAGAUGUGAUCAGUGGCAAGGAGUAUAUUCGACGUCUUCGCAGACAGUACCAGCACUUGCAUCCGACGCCUGAAUGGGCGAACCCCGAGCUGAGCAUGGCCCGGGGCGAGUCCGACUCGGACCGUGCGGACGACAUGGACACGGAUGAUGAAGUCCAGGACUCUGCGCAACCUCUUGCCAAGCUACUCCGGGGAAUUACCGAUCUUACGAAGCUUGAAGACAACACGCAGCCCGGCGGGAAGAGGAAGCUACGCCAGGAGAUGUUGGAUAUCCAAAGGCUGAAGGACGUUGGGAAAGACCAGCCGUCUUCAAUCGAUUCGCUUUCCUUCCAUCCUCACUACCCACUGCUACUGUCCUCGGGGCCGGCGGCGACGCUUUUCCUUCACCACAUCUCCCCCUCUUCUGCGGCGCCCAACCCCCUCCUAACCUCAUUCCAUAUUCGCCAUACGCCCAUUCACACCUCGGCGUUUGCGCCGCCCGCUGGCAAUAAGAUCUUUGCCGCGGGACGCCGGCGCUACUUCCACAUCUGGGACCUGAACAGCGGCAAAGUGGACAAGGUCAACGGCACGGCCGAUCGGAGGGAGGAGCAGAAGUCCAUGGAGCGAUUCAAGCUCUCUCCCUGCGGUCGGUACGUCGGGCUGGUGGGCACGUCGCGUAAGGGCGGCGGUCUCAUCAACGUUCUGGAUUCGGGCACGGCGCAGUGGAUCGCGCAGGUUCGGGUGGACGGCCGCGGCGGUGUGGCGGACUUUGCCUGGUGGAGUGACGGCGAGGGAAUGACGGUCGUCAGCAAGAACGGAGAAGUGUCCGAGUGGGACAGAAAGUCCAACCGGGUGGUGGCCCGGUGGAUGGACGCAGGUGCCGUGGGCACGACGGUGCUCAGCCUGGGAGGACGAUCGGGGCGCACGCAGCUGGGAGGCGACCGCUGGGUGGCCAUCGGAAGCUCCAGCGGAAUCGUCAACGUUUACGACCGGCGUCCCUGGGCUGCCGCGUAUGCCACGCAGCCCUCGUCGGCCAUCCCACGCAAUCCGGAGCCCGUGCGGGCACUGGACCAGCUCACGACGCCGAUCAGUCACCUGGUAUUCGCGCCGGAUGGACAGUUCUUUGUCAUGGCGAGUCGGUGGAAGAGGGAUGCGCUGAGAAUCGUUCAUCUUCCUACAUGUACCGUGUACCGGAAUUGGCCCACGUCCAACACACCUAUGGGACGAAUCUCGUCGGUAGCCAUUUCCCCCAAUUCCGAGCAACUCGCCGUGGCCAACGAACAAGGACGAAUCCGACUUUGGGAGAUCCGAGGGUAGGCCGGUAGAUGAGAAGAGAUGAGGAGAGCACGAGCAGGGUAUAUAACCAAAGACAUAAAAGUGACAUUGCUUACGCAGAUAUCGAUAGAGGACAAUGUAUACUAAGCAUUUCUAUUUCCCAAUACGAUAGCAAAUAAUGACGACCGGCUUUCGGAG